UCAGGUAGAAAUGAAAAACUUUGGGUACACCAGAAAACCCACAAAAGUGAUUGGAGAAGGAUCCUAUGGUGGAAAAGGUAGCACUUCGACUAAAUUGGACUUUGUAUUGGAUAGUAUUCCUUCAGUUGAAGGCGAGACUUCAGUUCCCAUUGUUAGAAAAAGGAAGGUUAAGAAAUCAACGGACGCUGCCAAGUCGAAAGCUCUACAGCGAGCUGUUUUUGGAGGAACUUCUCAGUUCACAGAAUCAAAUUUUCAAGAACUAAUUGCUUCUAAAAAGAAUUCUGAGUCUAAAGAACAGAAAGAAGAAGUUGCUGCUUGGGUUGACAGCGAAGAUGAAGACGAAAAUGUUCCCAUUGACGUUAAAGUUGCGCGGAAAUUCCUGUCAAGCGCAACAUCGGCGUCUAGUACCAAAUGGGCUUCAGAACCGGCACCAGAGUAUAUAUCUUUGAAAGAAAGCGACGAAAAUGCGUAUCACUCGGAUAAUGAUUUAGGAACAACUUCUGAGAAAAUAAUGAUUUCGAAAAGUCAAUUUAAGAAACUGGCGCCGAAUAAAAUUGGUGUCUCCAAAUGUCGAGAUCUUAAUCAGAGCAAACCGAACUCGAAUGCCAUCAACUGUACUCAGUUUCACAAAACUGAUCGAGUAGCUUUAGUCGGUAGUGCAGAUACGACUUUGAGCCUUUUCCGAGUUGACGGAGACGAGAAUAAAAACAUCGCACAAAUUCCGUUUGAGAAUUUCCCAAUCCACUUUGCCGAGUUCAUUUCAAAUAGCAAAACAGUAUUUCUGACUUCGAUUUACAAUUCUUUUUAUAGCUAUGAUUACGGGGCUAUGAAUGUCACUGCGCAUCAUGGAUUGCGCUGCGUAGAUGAAAAAAUAUUCAGCAAAUUCACCAUUUCUAAUUGUGGUAAAUUCAUUGCCAUGAAAGGCAUGUACGGAAAAGUUUAUUUAAUUAUAAGUCAUAGUCUUGAGUUAAUCAAGACUCUUACGUUGAACGAUUAUGUCGAAGGAAUGACGUUUACCAGCGAUUCUGGUUACUUCCUGGCCUCAGAUUGUAAAGGAAAGGUAUACGUUUUUGACCUGCGUAAAUUAACUCGAUGUCUGAGAAAAUUCGAAGACGAAGGAUCUACAAAUACGAUUUCAGUUGCUCUGUCUAGUGAUUCUUCAUUACUUGCUUGUGGCUCUUUCAACGGAGUUUUAAAUCUCUACGAUUUUCAGUCAAUAUUAGCGGAAGUGAAAAGAUUUCCGGAGCCAGUGAAAUGUUUCAAGAAUUUGACAACAUUAGUUGACAAUGUCAAAUUUAGCUCUACAAACGAGUAUUGUGUUUUCUCUUCAAGAUUAGUCAAGAAUUCGGUGAAAAUAGCUCAUAUGGACAGCUUCACAGUGUUUGAAGAUUUUCCAACAUACCAGAAUUUGGGAUGUGUUAAGACGUUUGAUCUUUCUCCACACGGGAAGUAUCUGACAUUUGGUAGCAUAAGUGGUAAAUGCAGACUGUAUGAUGUGACUCAUUACAGCAGAUAUUGAAGUAUGAAUAUCAAGAUACUGAAUAAAAGUCUUUGAAAGUU